UUCUCUUCACGGGUGCACCCGAGUGAAGUUUUCCGACGCAGCUUUAGUCGAAUCAUUCAGCUGAGAAGAGUAGGGUGAUAUUGUAAAUCCGGACUAACUAUUAUAUCCGGAUGUACUAUUAAAAAUUCAGCAACCACAUAAUGGACAAUAAUACGAAGGGGAACAUGGACGCAGGAAAGAAAAGUACACGCGAGACUACGUUUCCACUCAAGAACAAAUGGAAAUUAGUACCAGAAUUUUUGAAGGAUAGAGGCUUAGUGAAACAUCACAUUGAUUCCUUCAAUUAUUUCAUCAGUGAAGAUAUAAAAAAAAUUGUCAAGGCAAAUGAGGUGGUAUAUAGUGAUGCAGAUCCACUUUUUUACAUAAGAUAUUUAGAUAUACGUGUAGGUGACCCUGAGUUUGAUGAAACGCUCAAUGACAUCCAACGAAAGCCUUAUCCACACGAAUGUCGCUUAAGAGAUUUAACUUAUGCCGCUCCUAUCAUAGUAGAUGUACAAUAUAUCAGGGAAAACCAAGCCAUAAUAAAAAAAAAUAUAACAAUUGGAAGGAUGCCGAUUAUGCUACGUAGUGCGAAUUGCAGACUGACUGGCCUGACAGCUUUUGAGUUGUCGAAGAGGGAUGAGUGUCCUCACGAUCCUGGCGGUUAUUUUAUCAUAAAAGGACAAGAGAAAGUAAUUUUGAUACAGGAACAGAUGGUUCGGAAUAGAAUACUUCUGGAGGAAGACAAUAAAGGGAACAUCGCCGCGUACUGCAACAGUUCUACUCACGAGAGAAAAACCAAGACCACUAUCGUCGGGAAAUCUGGCAGAUAUUACAUGAAGCACAAUAUCUUCCAGGACGAUAUAUUAGUGGUUGUGAUUUUCAAAGCUAUGGGCAUACAGAGCGACCAGGAUAUCAUGAUGAGGAUCGGCACCGAGCAUGAGUAUCAAAAUAAAUUUGAAUGGAGCUUACGGGAGUGCCAGGACUUGAAUAUCUCCACGCAGACUCAAGCAUUGAUGUAUCUCAAUAACAAACGCACGCAGCCGAGGGUUUUUAACGCGGACGAAAUGAAGGAUGUGCUGGCCGCGAACGUGUUGUCCCACGUCCCGGUCAAGAAUUUCAGCUUCCAGCGCAAGACGAUCCAUCUGGCAUUCAUGGUGAGAAGAGUGAUGAUGGCACAGUCUAACAAAAAGCUGCUCGACGACAGGGAUUUCGUCGGGAACAAGCGUCUGGAGGUGGCUGGCUCUCUCCUAUCUCUGAUGUUCGAGGAUCUGUUUAAACGAUACAAUUGGGAGUUGAAGCAGAUCGCCGAUAAGAACAUCCCGAAGAUCAAGGCGGCGCAAUUCGACAUAGUCAAGCACAUGCGGCAAGAUCAGAUCACCAACGGCCUGGUCUUCGCUAUAUCGACCGGCAAUUGGAAGAUCAAGAGAUUUAAGAUGGAAAGGCAAGGUGCAACGCAGGUGUUGUCACGUUUAUCUUACAUCUCGGCAAUCGGUAUGAUGACGCGAGUCCAUUCGCAGUUUGAGAAAACCAGACAAGUGUCUGGGCCGCGUUCGUUACACCUGUCGCAAUGGGGCAUGCUGUGUCCGUCCGACACCCCCGAGGGAGAGUCCUGCGGCCUGGUGAAGAAUCUCGCUCUGAUGGCCCACAUCACCACGGACGAGCCGGAGGAUAACAUCGUGUCGGUGUUAUCCACUCUCGGUAUAGACCUUAUUAAUAUGCUCGGCAGACAGGAGAUCAAGUACAAAGAUAUAUGGCUGGUUCUCGUUAACGGAGUUAUCCAAGGUGUCACGAAGCAGCACAAGUGGCUGGUAUACUUUCUGAAGAAAUUGCGCAGGCGAGGUCGCAUCAGCAGUUACGUGUCGAUCUACCUGCAGGACAAUUGCAAGUGCGUUCACAUCAGCACCGAUGGCGGGAGGCUGUGCAGGCCGUACUUCAUCGUGGAGAACGGACGACUCAUCGUCACGGCGAAGGACAUGAAAUUGUUCGAUAAAAAGAUCCUGCAGUUCGAGGACUUCGUGACAAUGGGCUUGAUCGAGUACCUGGACGUCAACGAGGAGAACGACGCUCUCAUCGCGCUCGGUGAAGAGGACAUCAAAGCGACGACUACGCAUAUGGAGAUCGAGACGUUCACGAUCUUGGGUGUGUGCGCCGGUCUGAUUCCGUACCCCCAUCACAACCAAAGCCCGAGGAACACUUACCAAUGCGCCAUGGGUAGACAGGCCGCGGGCACGAUAGGAUACAACCAACGUAAACGCAUGGACACGGUGAUGUACAAUCUGGUGUAUCCGCAAACGCCUAUAGUGAGGACGAAGACGUCCGGGAUGAUCAAAUACAACGAGCUGCCGGCUGGCGAGAACGCGAUUGUGGCUAUAAUGUCGUACGGCGGGUAUGACAUCGAGGACGCGCUCGUAGUCAACAAGGCCUCCCUCGACAGGGGAUACGGAAGAUGUUUAGUGUAUCGAAGCACGAAGGCUGUCUUGAAGAGGUACCCCAAUCAAACGUACGAUAGAAUCAUGGGUCCAUCGGUGGAGAGCAACACCAACAAGGUCGUGUGGAAGCACGAUAUCCUGGACGCCGACGGAAUCGCAAUGCCGGGCGAAAGAGCGGACGAUAAAAAGGUGCUGGUGAACAAAUCGGUGCCGUCGCAAUCGAUCGAUCCGGUAAACACCGGCGACGCUCCAGCGAGACCGCAAUACCGCGAGGCAGAAGUAUCCUACAAGGGUCUGGAGCCAGCGUAUGUAGAGCAGUCCUUGUUGACUAGCAACGCCGAUGACUCAUUUCUGAUAAAACUGCUGAUGCGACAAACUCGGAGACCCGAAAUCGGUGAUAAACUAAGCAGCCGUCACGGGCAGAAAGGUGUCAUCGGUUCAAUCGUGGACCCGGAAGAUCUGCCGUUCAACGAUCAAGGCAUAGUCCCCGAUAUAAUUAUGAACCCGCAUGGUUUCCCGUCUAGAAUGACAAUCGGUAAAUUGAUAGAGAUACUCGCAGGUAAAGUGGGCAUUCUGAACGGUGAAUUCCACGAUGCAACAGCGUUCGGCGGUUCCAAAGUGACGGAUCUCGCUGAGGAAAUGCAGAAGCAUGGUUACAACGCCUUGGGGAAAGAUUGCUUCUACAGCGGCAUGACCGGAGAACCGAUGGAAGCUUACAUAUACACUGGAACGGUUUAUUACCAAAGAUUGAAGCACAUGGUACAGGACAAGAUACACGCUCGUGCCAAAGGACCAAGAGUGGUGAUGACUCGACAGCCGACAGAGGGACGUUCCAAGGACGGUGGUUUACGUUUCGGCGAGAUGGAGCGCGAUUGUCUGGUCGCUUACGGCGCCAGCAUGAUGCUGAUAGAGAGGCUUAUGUUGUCGAGCGAUGGCGUCAAGGUCGACGUCUGUAACAACUGCGGGCUGAUGGGUUAUAGUGGUUGGUGCCAAGGCUGCCGUUCCAAUUCCAAUAUAUCCUCGGUCAUGAUGCCUUACGCGUGUAAACUGCUACUUCACGAGCUACAAUCCAUGAACAUUGUGCCCCGUUUGAAACUAAGGGACUAUCGCGAGAGAGGUCACACGGAGAAACGGAAAUAUAAAUCCAAAUGAAAGAAAGUUACGUGAAAUAUAAG